UGAGAGACAAACGCAGUUUAGCUAACAUGACUAACUUUAACAUCUUGUUUUCUCACCUUAGCCUACCCUAACCUUUGUUCAGCGAGGACUGGAGAUGUUAUAACUUAACGUUAAUACUCCUGAAGCAAAUGUCUGGACAUUACUUUGAAGAAAAACCGAACUCUGACGAAGCAGCUGGCUUUGCCGAAGCUAACCGUAGUUUGAAUUUUUGUUAGCUAAGCCGGCUAGCUAGCGAGUACUAACAUAGCAUUUCCCAUUGUUACCGUAAAAUAACGUAAUACUAUUCUUGUAAUUUUGAGUUGGCCAUACUGUCUCUUUGUGGCAUGUAACCACUGUAAAAGGCUUCUAAACUACUGAGUCAUUGCAAAAGUAAAAUGGAUAAGACAGGGGUCUGCAGCAACAGCCGAAAUAAUGUAAGGACAGAUCUCAGUUUGCUGCUUGAGUGUCUGAAGUUUCAGAUGAAAUGUCCUGAUCUACAGAAACAAGCUCUUCUCACCAUUCACUCAAUUUGUGAAAGUAGAGAGGAUAAUGUGGACCUGCUGCGGGAAAUGGGAGGAGUGGCAUUUGUGUACAACCUCUCCAAAUCCAGUAUUGUUCGCUCAGAUGUUAAGGAGACUGCACUCUUUACGCUUGGCACGUUAGCCGAGGCCAAUGUGUAUUGCAAGAAUUCUCUGUGCAGAAAGGAGACAUUUGCAGACCUUGCUGAUAUGAUGAUAAAAGAAGACAUCCCAGUGACACAGAAGAGAGUGUCUGUCUAUUUACUGUCUGUGUUGGUAGCGAACAACAAAUCAGGACAGACUUUAAGCCAAACCACUGGCUGUCUGGAUAUUCUACUGGACCUCUUUAGGACCACUUCCCCUCUCUGCACAGAGGCUUCUUUGAGAGCAGCUAAUGCUACUCAAACCUACCAACUUUGGGCAUCUGUGUCUAGUGCUCUCUGUGGAUGUGUCAACAACCCUCAGAAUGAGGAUGGUCAGCGUAUUUGUGUAUCAGCCUUUCCCAUAAUUAAAGUCUGGCUUCAGCAGAUUGAUAUGCCACGAACUGAGAUUUUUCAGCCCAUAUGUUCCUUCAUAGCAAUGACAGUGGCCAACAACUCCUGUGUUCAGGAGAGUUUUUCCGCCUCAGGGGGUCUGGAUACUCUCACUCUUUCACUGGUUCGUCUGGCUUCUGCAGCAGGCACAAGCUUUUUGUCUUGCCAGCUUUCUGUCACUAUAUCCAAGACCUUGUCCGCUUGCAUCACAGAGAACUCUUCUCUGGCUUCGGGUCUGGCUCAGUAUGGUGUGGUUUCUCACCUCUUCUCCCUGCUGGUGAGCCCACACCUAGACCCAGAGGACAGGCUCUCAGUUUUACUCACCCUGGGCCACUGCACCGAGACCUCUGAGGAGCACCAGUCCCAGUUGGUGCAGUGUGGAGGCCUUUCCCUCAUCAUAACCCUCCUCACAGAGGAUACAAGUGAGGAGGUUCGGAAGGCUGCUACAUUCAUAUUGCAGACCUGCAAAAAGGCCACCAUGUCCCUUGGUGUGCCUGGUCUAAUGGCGAGACAGGGGGAGGCUGACAGUAUGGAGCCCCUUAUAAACAUGGAAGGCUUCAGGAGCUCAGCCAGAGAGUUGCUGCGAAGGAUUGACCUGCUAGAGAGGAAACAGGCAAAGGAGGCUGAGGAUGAGCAGGAAGACACAGAUCUGUUAACUCUGACCGAAGGACUGGGCAUGCCAUCUCUCCCUGCAGCCUCACCUUUGCCUCUGCAGCAGGAGAGCAUGAAAACCAUUCCCACAGAAUACAGACAGAACAACACAGUUAAGCAUGUAGAAACAAGGGAUGGCAACAACAAUAAACUUCAAACAGUCAGAAAUGUGAUCAAGAAGAGGAGUGACAAUAAACUCAAAACCAGUGGUGGGAGUGUGUGUUGUUCAGUGUGCAAAGGUACUGGAUUCCUAAUGCCUCCCAAUCUGCGACCACUAGAGGGAGCCAGAGAGCCUCACACAGAAGACAAUCAGUUGUUUAUGCCUCUAGCACCAGUGAGACACAGUGUACCAACAGAAAUGAAAUGUACUGAUGAAGAAGAUUUGCAGGACAGUGAGAUGAUUAAGGAGGAGCACUCAGUCUGUACUAUCCGGUGCACAGGUUGUGUGUUGCCUUUUGAGGAAGUGACCAGUCGCAAUUUUGAGUCUCUCCAAGGCUCCUGCCAACACAACUGUGACAUGCACAGGGUUCUCCAGGAGGCCACAGAGCGGUUUAGGACUCGUCGCUGCAACCUUCUGUUCGGGAGAGAGUACCAAGACGACGCUGUGGAGCACACAGAUCCAGACUCUGAGGGAGUUUUAGCUGCAGAGCCACAGAGAAGCAGGGAAAACUGGAGAGAGGUCAGCCUAACUCCCAUACGUAAAGGAGCAGGGAGAGGCUGCCUGCCAGAACACCACUGGAAGAAGCACAAUGGCAUCACUUUGACCCCAAUGCGCAGAGGAGCUAAAAAUGAGACACUGACCGGUUCAGGCUUGAUUCCGCUGAAAAGGUCUCGUCUUCCUGAAGAAAGAAGAGGAGGGAAUAAUAGUGGAAAUCGCGUUCUUGACGACGAGCCAAGGGCUGGCGCGGAUCAUUGUUCCACUAAAAGGAAGAGGAAUGACUUCAGCCGUGAGGAGGUAAAUUACCUUCUGAGCGGAGUGAACACUUACGGCCUCUCCUGGAACUCUAUCUUGUGGUCGUACCCCUUCCAGCCUGGACGCACCAAUGUUGACCUAGCAAAGAAAUACAGGAGGCUAAUGAAAGUUAAAGCCCAGGAUUCUGGCUGUGAAUAAUCCUGGUCCUGAGAUCCUGUAAAUAACAGCCUCGACUCUCUUCACACUGUAUUGAUUGAAAAAAAAAAAAAGGAAUAUUUACUUCAUAUACUCAUAUUGUACUCUCAGUAUUUAUAACGAUUGUUAGUUCUUGGU